UAUUCAGAACCAUAGAUAAAUUUCUGUGUUUACCCGCAAUAAAUAUAUAUUUUCCAUGCGACAUCAUAACAUUGUUUUGUGCGAGAAUAUUUAUUGUGUUUUAAAUAAAUUUACGGAUAAUUACAAUUUCUAUUCGUUAUUUUAUUUAAUGUGAUAGUAGAAUUUGGUGUUUCGAUAUAUUUACCUUCUGAAGUUUCAAUGGUGGCUACGUGGAUAAAUCAAAAUGCAAAGUGUGUUGACGCUCCACCCUCGCGGUGACAUGACGAGCUCGUGGUGGGCGGCUGCGGCAGCUAUGGCCGCGGUGACUUUCUUCACGGUCGGUGGGAACGCUGCUGUGCUGGUGGCGCUGAAGAGAGUUAAUCGCGCCCCAGCACACUAUCCCUUGGCGAGCUUAGCGACCGCAGACUUGCUUCUCGGUCUACUAGUGCUGCCAAUAGCAGCCGCCAGGGAAUUGUUCGUCUUUCAUUUGAACUGGGCAAUAUGUUCCUGUUGGAGCACCUUGGAUGUCCUAUGCUGCACCGCCUCUAUCCUCUCCAUCUGCACCCUAGGGUGGGAGAGAUUCUGCGGCAUCACCGCUCCGUUAGCUCGUGCACAGAGAGCAAAGACCGCUAGACUCUUGGCUGCACUGAUCUGGCCCGUGGCGACAACAAUCGCUAUACCGACUGCCUUCAUUCCUUCGCCGAAGCAUUUUCUACCUGGAGAAAUAGCUAAGGCUUGUACUGUUAACACUAAUUCUAGUUACGUAUUCGUCAGUAUUUUCUUUUCGUUUUAUCUUCCCGCAAGUGUGAUGGUUGUUCUUUAUGCCCGGAUACUGCGAGCUCUGGCGGCACCGCCCUCAAUCAGGUUCCAUCGUGGCCAGGUCACAAACAAUGUUGAAAAAGUCAUCCCCGAUGCUGUCGUGGUAAAUGUGGACAGCGUUACUCCUGCAGAUGAAUCACAAGAGAAUCAUAAAGUACCCAAGAGCAUAGUGGUACCACCUUCUCCAAAAACCGGCCAUUUCAUGAUACCCUCGUCGGAAACGGUACGUGCCAUAACUUCUCCUUUAAAGAGACUCAAAUUUCCGGUCGCGGGUAUAAUAUCGCGCCAACGUCGUGCCACCCGGACCAUCGUGAUGCUGAUGUCACUGUUCCUACUGUGCUGGACGCCGUUCUUCGUGAUGCUUCCCGUAGAUUCUAUAUGCGAGUGCGUCAGAGAUGCCGCGUGGUUGUGGUGCACUUGGCUUGGGUACACGAACUCGGCUCUCAAUCCGCUGGUCUACGCGGCCUCCUCCCCGGCGGUCAGUCGGGCCCUCCACGCCUCCCUCACCACCACUACAUGCACCAGAACUACGGAUGUUACUCGUACUCCUUUACCGAGAAGAACAUGACAAAAUGGCGGCUAUCAUCCCAAAAUGGCGGCGAACAACACGACGGCCGACGCGAACAUCGAUUGGCGGGAAACCGUCGCGCCACUAAAGUCCCGCGCGUCAGGAGAACAGGUUUUGCAAGUGCACCGCCCGUUCAAACAAUAACCGGGUUCGUCUUCCUCAGAAACGCAUUCCUGUUUAAUAAAAAAAUAUAAUUGAAUGUUUAAUAAAGAAAUGAGUUUUUAGUUGAA